UUCUCAUUCUGGUCUGAAAACAAUAAUUUGCUGCAAUGCGGAUACUUGUGUCACUUUCGGUUAUAGUAGGCACUUGCAUUUGUGUUUCAAACAUCGAGCCCCCGAAAAUUGUUCUACCCCAUGGAGGAGGUGUCGUUGGCAGUUAUAUGACCUCAGUUGGAGGAAAGGGCAUAUUGGCUUUUAGAGGUAUUCCAUAUGCCGAACCACCAAUCGGAGAUUUGAGAUUUCAGGCCCCUGAACCUAUAAAGCCAUGGGUGGGCGAAAAACUCACCAACAAAGACCCAAACGUCUGCAUCCAGAUAAAUCCCUAUGAACGUAAUUUUACAGUAUUUGGAGAGGAAGAUUGUUUGUAUUUGAAUGUGUACGUACCGCAGAGUCCAACCAAUUUUCAACAGUUACCUGUAAUGGUUUAUAUUCAUGGCGGAGGCUGGGUCACUGGCAACGGCAAUUCUAAUGUUAACGGUCCCGAAAGACUUCUAGAUCAUGACGUCAUACUAGUGAUUGGGAACUACAGGCUUGGUGCACUUGGAUUUCUCAGUACCGGGACGAAAGAUUGUCCUGGGAAUAAUGGAUUCAAGGAUCAACUUUUGAUAUUGAAAUGGGUGAAGCAUAACAUUAAAGUGUUCGGAGGUGAUCCAGACGAUGUAACUUUGUUUGGUGAAAGUGCUGGAAGCGUUAGUGUGGCUUAUCAUAUGUACUCCCACGCAUCAAAAGGUCUCUUCCAUAAAGCCAUCAUGCAAUCUGGAAGCAUUUUCAGUGGAUGGGCCGUGGUUGACUCUUCAAUUGCAACACAUCGAGCCUCCAAACUUGGACGUCUCAUGAAUUGCACACAUUUCGAAGAUAAUUGGAUGGAAAUGAUCGAAUGCUUAAAGAAAAAACCUGCAGCAGAUAUUGUCUUAAGUGUAAAGGAAUAUUUCGAGUUCGAUAUUGACCCAGUGAUAGCUUUCGCCGGUGUGGUAGAAGUAGAUCAUGAGGGAUCGUUCCUAUCUAAGCAUCCAAAAGAUAUUAAUCCUCCUCCCAAUGGGGACAUACCGUUAAUUAUUGGUGGAACAGCUGACGAAGGUGUUAUCAAAUCAGCACCAAUACUAAACUUGUUGAAUGAAGAAUUCACAAGAAAGUUUUAUGAAGUUCUACCAAUUAUAUCGGGAUACAAAAAUAAACCAAAAGAUAUUCUUACGAAAAUAUUGGAACAAAUUGACGAAUUCUACUUCAAAGACGGUCAUAACUGGUCAAAACAAAAUCACCAAAAUUUGACGAAUUUAUUUUCUGAUCAACGCUUCAACUUUGGGAUGGAUAAGUUUUUAAGGAGAAGAUUUGCUUCAAGUAAUGCAACCGAUGGGAAGACUUUUGUAUACCUCUUCGAUCACAGAGGCCCUAAAUCAGCAAGUGAAUUCUUUCAUGGGGGUCAGGAGUAUUAUGGGGUCUGCCAUACUGACGACCUGCCCUACAUCUUCUACAAUAAUUUCUCGAAACUGAAGGGUGACGAAAAUGAUACAAAACUGAAGACUCUAAUGCCGGAACUGUGGACAAACUUUGCCAGGACUGGUAAUCCCACUCCGGAAGGAACGCAUCUGCCUUUGUGGUUACCUGCAGAAGGAUAUCCUCUUCAAUACGCUCACAUAGGAAGCAAAAACUCUGAAGACUGGGUUGUUUUGCGAAACGAGAAAGGUUUCCUGAAGGAAAGAAUACAAUUUUGGCGCAAACUUGAAGAAGAAUUUGAUAUUUAAAUGUAUGUUGCAUGUGCAUAAAAUUAUUCUAAACAAAGGAUAAAGAACAAGCA